CGUGCAUAAGGUACAAACGCGUAUCCAACCGCAUGGUAGGCCUCCCGCAUCAACACGUACUCUCAAACAACUGCUGUCACCUGUAUGGCCGAAAUUGCAACACCUGCAGGGAGGGAGGGGUAGAGGCAAACGAGAGCCAAAAAUCGUGAUGUUUAUUUUUUUUUCCCUUUCCUUUACUUCACCUUGAUGACCCUUGACUGACCUCACGGUGUGUUUGGCAUAUAGGUAACUACCACUCGUGCUCUACUUUGCUUCCUAUUAGAUAACAAUCAAGAGGAAAUAUGGCUUUUUGGGACGAGAUCGCCAGAGGUUUGGCCCAUGCCCAACAGGAGGCUGCCCGACACAUCACCCCGGAAAACAUCAACCGCGGCCUCCAGAUAGCUCGAGAUGGCCUUGGCCAUGCAGCAGAGCAAAUCAACCAGCAUGUCAAUCCAGAGAACAUCAACCACGGAUUGCAGAUGGCCCGAGAGGGUAUUAAUGUUGCAGCUCAGCAGAUCAAUCAGCAUGUUAAUCCGGAAAACAUCAACCACGGAUUCCAGAUAGCUCGAGAUGGCAUCAACGUUGCAGCGCAGCAUAUCCACCAGCACGUCAACCCUGAAAACAUCAACCACGGUCUCCAGAUGGCUCGGGACGGUGUUGGAAUGGCAGCCCAGCAAAUUGGCCAGCACGUCAAUCAGGAAAACAUCCACCAUGGUGUCCAGAUAGUUCGAGAUGGCGUCGGUGCUGCUGUGCAGCAUAUCGGCCAGCAUGCCACUAAAGAAAACAUCGAUCGAGCUCGCGGAGGAAUGCUGAAGGCGGCAUCAGGACCAGCCGCUCAACAUGUUGCCGGUAUCGUGAAGCAACAUCCCGUGCCAGUCGCAGUUGCCAGCACUGGACUCUUGAUUGCUGCCGUUCCUGCUAUUAUCACGGCCCCAAUCAUGGGCAUCGCUGGACUGAUGGGCUUUACCUCUGGAGGUAUCGCCGCAGCUUCGAUUGCAUCAGGCGCACAAGCGGGUAUGGGAAGUGUUGCUGCUGGAAGCUCCUUUGCAGUGAUGCAGAGUGCAGCAGCUGGAGGAUAUGGCCUCGGGAUCUUGACAGGCAUUGUUCAAGCCGUAGGUGGAGUUACAGCAGCCGUGGGAGGUAUUGGAGGCGGGAUUCUGGCUUGGCUAGGAGCUUCAGCCACUUGAUUGCUUGAACUGUAUCUUGGCUGUUAUUUGGCUUGGUAUACAGAUUCAUCAUAAAUGAUUGGGUCUCUAUUGGGCGCUUACGCCGUUUCGUUGGCGUUUGAGAUAGAAAUACACAAUUCUUAUGACGUGUAAUGCAAAAUUCAUAAGCCUUACGUACUCUUCC